AUGGGUGCUUGGGGAUAUGGCCUGUUUCAGUCCGAUCACGACUACGAUGAGAUCAGUGGCCUUGACGCCGAGGCGGGCUUUCACUUCAUGCAGGAAGAGGCCGAAGCCAAAGGCGAGAAGAACGUCAACAUCGGCUUGUUUGACCCUUCCGACCCAGACUUCAUCCGCAAGUACAUUGAGGCCAGUGGCACGCUCGAUGAGAUGAUCGCGAAGUACACGGCCGCAGCGGCUGCCGCGAAGACGGACAAGUGGGAUCGUGGCCAGCGUGACUACAGGCUCUGCCUUAUGGGAGCUUGCUUCAUGAUGCUCGGUUGCAAACUCAGCGAUGACUUCCUUGACCUUCUUCGCGACAAGUUCACCAACUGUGGUUUCAUGCCAGAUGCACUGAAGCAGCUUGAUGCAGCACUCAACCGGCCUGAUGGAUUCAAGAGCGACACCAGUGCACUCACGCGCACGAUCAAGGCUAGGGUGGAAGCCAACAGAAUGAGAAAGAGCAUCGACAAAUGCGGAUCCUGCGGCUCGAGCGCCGGAAAGCUCGAGACCUGCGGCGGGUGCAAGCAUCGCAAGUACGUACUCUCGACUUGCUCUCCAUGA